AUGGAUCUUACUCAGCCUAUCAACCACAACUUUCUUGUCGAAAGGAAGGGCUUUGCUUUUUCCUCUGAUAUUGAGUACGAAAAUCUACCCGAUUUUUGUUCCCAUUGCAAGAAAAUAGGGCAUGAUGUGCAAUACUGCAAACAAUUGAAGAAACCAAUUUUUCAACUGAUUCAAAAAGCUAAGGUGACUUAUCUUACAAAAUCCGUUUCUACUCUGCAGGGUGAAACAUUGAGGCCAAACAUCAUUGGUGAUGAUGUUGUCCUCAAUUCUAAUAGAAACGAUACGAGAGAGGAAGGUCAAGACUUGGAUAUCAACCAAUAG